AUGGCAGACUGUCAGCAAAAGUCUUUUCUCAGCCCAGACAUCCCAUUCUCUGGUUCACUACUGGGAGGCCUGCAGGAAGGGAAGACCCUUAUCAUAAUUGGACGGGUUUUGCCUAAUGCUGACAAAUUUACUGUGGAUCUCCAGCAUGCUACUGGGUGCGGGACUGAUAUCGCUCUGCACUUUAAACCACAUUUUGAUGAUGGACCUGCACAUAUUGUGUUCAACACCUUGAAGAAAGGUAGCUGGGGGCCAGAAGAAAAGUCUGCCUGUCCUUUUGUCAAAGGCCAACCGUUCACCCUUGAGAUCCAUGUUACCAAGGAGGCAUACAAGGUAAGUGUGAACGGGAAACACUUAGCGGACUAUAAACACCGUAUUCCAUUCACUCUGGUGGACACCAUCUUAGUGCACCAAAUGGUGAAGUUGGAUUUCGUUGCCUACCAGAAGCCUGCGACCAUCCCAUACAAAGCCCUGAUCAGUGAUGGACUGCAGUCUGGCAAAGACAUUGUUAUUCAUGGAGUUCCUAAAGCUGACUCAAAAAGGAUGGAGUUUAAUCUGCGCCACAGAUUUGGCAUUGCAUUUCACUACCAAUGCCGUUUUGAGGAGAAUGCUGUUGUCCGCAAUACCUAUGAGAAUGGGAGUUGGGGGCGAGAAGAAAGAGAUGGAGCUGUGCCUUUUGCCCCAGGCCAGUUUUUUCAGAUCAAAAUCUCCUGCAAUAGUGAUCAUUAUGAUGUGUUUUUGAACGGCAAGCAAAUACACACUUACAAGCACCGCUUCACUAAACUGGAGGACAUCGACGUCUUUGAAGUCCGUGGAAAUGUGGAGUUGAUUUAUGUACAGGUGUAA